AUGAAGACACUAGAAAUCGGUACCCACCUCCUCCGCACAUCACCCUACCAACCAUCUCCGGAGAAAUGUAGGCAGGUUUGUAGUGCACGGAAGUUGUUUGAUGAAAUGUCUGAGAGGAAUGUGGUGACGUGGACGGCUUUGGUGGUUGGGUAUGCUGGUGUUGGGGAUAUGGUGGAGGCGAGUAAGAUGUUUGAUGAGAUUACCGAGAGGAAUGUGGUUGUUGGUGGGUUUGUUGGGUUGGGUGAUUUGGGGAGUGCGAGGAGGGUGUUUGAUCGGAUGCCGGAGAAGAAUGUGGUUUCUUUUACUGCUAUGGUUGAUGGGUAUGCAAAGUUUGGGGAUAUGGCUUCAGCGAGGCUUUUGUUUUAGCAGGCUCCGGUUAAGGAUGUGGUAAUGUGGUCAGCGUAGUAUGUGCAGAAUGGUCUGCCGGAUCAGGCUGUGAAAGUGUUUGUUGAAAUGAGUAGGAGGAAUGUGGAACUGGAUGAGUUUGUGAUGGUGAGUUUGAUGUCAGCUUGUUCCCAAGUGGGUUGCUUGGAAUUGACUGAGCAUAGCAAGAUUGAUAUUCGUCAGCCUCAUGUUCUUGCGGCUCUGAUUGACAUGAAUGCAAAGUGUGGGAAUAUGGAAAGAGCAACGAGUUUGUUUGAAAGUAUGCCAAAACGUGACCUAAUUACGUAUUGUUCAAUGAUACAAGGGCUGUCUGUUCACGGCCGAGGGUAUCAAGCUGUUGCCCUGUUCAAUACGAUGUUCAGUGAAGGUUUGGAACCAGAUGAGGUAGCUUUUACAGUGAUCCUGACUGCUUGUAGCCGUUCCGAGCUUGUUGAGGAGGGUUGGCAUUUCUUUGAAUUAAUGAGGCAUAAAUAUAGUAUGAUUCCUUCUCCUGAUCACUAUGCAUGCAUUGUUGAUCUUCUUGGCCGGUUGGGACAGUUAGAAGAAGCUUAUGAGCUUCUACAGUUAAUGCCUGUCGAACGUCAUGCUGGUGCUUGGGGCGUGGGGCGCACUACUCGGGGCAUGUAAGCUACAUUGCAAUGUUGACUUGUUGAGUUCGGGGAGUUGGUUGCUAAUCGACAUUUUGUGCUCACACCUGAAAAUUCUGGUACUUAUGUACUCCUGUCCGACAUCUAUGCAGCAUUUCACCGAUGGUUGGAUGUUUCUGUAUUGAGGAACAAAAUGAACGAGAGAGGCAUAAAAAAGAUACUCGGUAUGAGUUCAAUUUAGUUUAGAAGGCUGAGCUUCUUGGCAACUCUCGUUAUCCAUUGCCCUGGAAUUACAAAUCAGCAUCAUGUUCCUUGAGGUCUAUAUUGUGGAGUUGAUUAUGAUGUAUACAAUUUAGUUGGACUCCCAGUUUAUUGGUGCUCCAGGAACCAAACUGCAGGCAUUGCCUUAUAUGCCACUCUAGAGAGACAUUUUUUCACAUACCAAGGAUGAGAAGACAAUUUGCAGAUAUCUUGUCAACUGAAAUCAGAGAAUCUGUGACCUGAAUAGUUCUAUCUCAUGAAAUACCUGUACUCAUGUGUCUUGGAAACUUGGAGUUAGGCCAUGUAACAUAGAAUGACAGUAAUGUGGUUGAAUAUUGAACGCUAGGCUUUUUUAUUCAUUCUUUUUAAUCAUACUGG